UGACGAUCUCCCACUGUCCCGUACUCAAGAAAAUUCGAAACCAAACGACGGAUAGUGUUGUCAGCCGGUGCCUGUUUGCCACGAUAUUUUCGACGAACGACGAUUUUCAAUGUACAUUGUAACUAUUUCGGCGCGUUGUUUCGGUGUAAAGCGAUUCAUGACUAAAAUUGUAGUAAAUUGUCGUUUCAGAAACACGUAUAACCAAAUCACUCGGUUCGUUAAUAUCAAAGUCAUUCGAUGUUUCAAUACCAACAGAAAAUAUGGCGCACCCGGUAGGUGA